AUGAAUGCCACUGACUAUGUUGAACAGCUGGGACCUAGCAGUUUCCCCGACUCAACAUCUCGUCACUAUCCUGAUUUUCACGUCGACGCUCCAGAGCUUGCAGCUGCGGCUAGGGCGUUGGUCCUCAUCCAGAUCGAUGAUGAGUCGGUCCUGCGAUCCAUCGGGUCGGUUCUUCGAACUGCCACUCGCUUGAGAGAAUUGACCAUGUGGGCUGAUGGAGAUUACAUGCUACGCUUCAGUCAAGUCUCUAGCUCUUGGUGUGGCCAAGUACCAUUCAAGCUAACAUCUCUGGACCUCAGAGGAUUUGUGGACUUGGGACGGCCAUCAUGUCCGCUCUGGAGCCUGCUUUCGCCGGUUGCUUUGAAGGCUUUGACCUUGAAUGCCAGUUUGAAUGUCGAUUCUCUCGAUUUUUCAUCAUUCUGGGAGACCUCAGUCGCCGCUGAUCUUCGACCAAAAACAUUAUCUACGAAUCUCGUCAUGAAUGGGUUAGAGGGCUUCAUACAAUCAUUUAGUGGUUUAGAAGCCUUCAGUAUCACAUCAUCGAAUACUGCGUGUGUGCCAGAGCGUCUAGAUCUUAUCCUAGGUGCUUUGGUGAAACUACAUUCGGCGACGCUCAAAGUCCUCUCAAUCGAUCCAAAGGGAGCACUUAUCAAUCACCUGUUGGACGAUGCAUCGCUGAAUCAACUUUCGAAACACUUUCCUAAAUCGGAAGAAUUGCGAUUUGGAAUAUAUGAAGCGAUUUCAGUAAGAAACCUUUUAUGA